AUGCUUCACGCAGUAAAGUCGUACGAAGGGGAGCAACUUCAUCUGACGGGCAUUCUGCGGCAGGAGAUGGGCUCUUACCUUUGCAUCGCCUCGAACGGCGUGCCGCCAACGGUCAGCAAACGAUAUUACGUGAACUUUUCUCCCGACGCAGUUAAACCGCUGAUUAAAGUCUCGAGCCAAUUAGUAGUGGCACCUGCUAACAGUGACGUCGUCCUUCACUGCUACGUCGAGUCCUGGCCGAAAGCACUGAAUACAUGGUACAGGGACGAUGGUAUGAAAUUAUUGUCCGACGAGAAACAUGAUCUAACGGAGAUUCCGCUGAACGAUUAUGCGUAUCAUUUGAAUCUGACCAUCAGGAGACUAACCAUGGACGAUUUCGGUAGUUAUACCUGUUCGGCGGAGAAUUUACUUGGCAAAGCCGAAGUAACGAUAAGACUGCAAGUUAAAGAGCUGACGAGAACCACUUCGACACCUAUUCGCCACAGCAUGGAAUUCUCGGACAAGCACGGAUCGAGGAAGCAAAUGGAUAGAAAGGGGAAGCACCAUGGAUUCGGGCGAGAAGCUGGUUCAUUGUCGAAAAAUGGAAAUAUGGGUCACACAACGCCGAUGUUAAGGAGAAACAAUUCGAACGUGUUGACGGAUGUCACGGUGAAAAAAUCGAAAGUUUCAUCAUAUCCGGCACCCGCACCUGCGCCAGCGCAUUUUACGCCAACCCAACUGAGCGUUCAGAAUAGCGUCACAUCGCUGCGACAACACUCGCGAUUAAACUGCGUAGGAUUGAUGUUCGCUUUCCUAGUGAUAGUGAUCUGUAGCUCGUAA